CACCAUCUGGUCUGAGCGGGUGAUUGCAACAAGAGGGGCCGCGUUUGGAGUAGGACACCGCGACCCCAGGAUUACCACGCGAGCGGAGUUUUGUGCAUCGCCCGUUUUGCUUAAGUAGAAGCUUGCCCCUCUGGGAUUUGUUGCUCAUUUCUCGACUUCGACCACUCGUUCACUAGCCCGUUUAGUUUUCUUCUAUCAAUCGCUACGACAAUUACUUCUCUACAACUUACCUAGCUAGACUCUUACUACGUUCUUAAAAUGCGCACUACAUCUCUUCUUCUCCCACUGGCCUUCGCCUUCUCCGCCACCGCCCUCAAUCUCAACUUCGGCCCCGACACAGUUUGCGGCGACAACUCUGUUGACUGCAACAAUGGCUUCUGCUGCAGCUCCGGCAACAAAUGCGACACCUCGGGCACCAUCACCACAUGCGGCACCGAUAACACGCCCGCGCUCCCCUACGGCGUCGGCAACCUCGCCUCAGCCGUAGAAUCGCAAGCCAAGUCCGCGGCCUCGGGCCUCGCGUCCGCCAUCAACGACAUCCCUCUCUCGUCCCUCGCCGGCGAACUCGGGUCUUUCGCUACAGCUUUCCCGACGAGCCUUGCACAGGCGUUCUCGUCGAUGCUGGCUGACGGCAAUGUGCCGACUGAUGCGGCGGGGUUGAGCAGCUUCAUGGAGAUGGUGCCGAGUGCGGCGAGGCCCGCGGCGUCCAGCGCGUUCAACGAGUUCAACAGCAUUCUUGGAGGCGAACUGGCAUCCAAGACAGGGAGUACCGGCAGCCCGCAGAACACCGAGGGGGCCGCGGUGCAUGGAGCCAGCACGUUCGGGAGCACGGUGGUCGCGGUGGGGAUGAUCUGGGGCGCUGCGGCGGUAGGUGGCGCGAUGUUGGUGUUGUAACAGAUGGCACGAUGGGUCUUGGGAAGACGAAGGUUGCUGCAUUGCAAGGCGCGUGGUACUUUCACAUUAAGAGACGUUGACGGGAACACAUUCUACCACACCGCGGGCGCCACACGUUAUAUGGCGUUCCCACAUUAGAUUUCGUUUAAUUUCAUUCAACCUGCGUCGUCUUCCGACGGCUUCUCUCGCUUUCUGAUGGCUUCUAUCUGCUCCUGCUGUUUCUGUCGCGGUCACCUAACUUGUUGCUGCAGCACAGUGCUCGCCUUCACCUGCAAUAGCCCCAAACAAUGUAAGACCAAACGAGCUUUGUCUACUCCAUCCUACCACUUCCGCUCCAUCUAGCUCUGGAC